AUGGCAGCCUUGCGGAUAGAGUUUGCAGGCACUUCCUAUGGUAGCCUUAACGACCUACGUGAUAUCAUACUCCAGCAAGAUGUCACUCUGAUCGCACUGGAUACUGAGUUCAAGGGCAAAAAUCUGUCUGAAAUCGGAAUAACGCAAGUUCGGGCUAGAGACCUCGCCUCUGCGCAGCCUGGGUAUGACAGCCAUUUAAUGUGCCUUGAACUCUCACUAACAAAUUCUUCCUUCAACAAGACCCUACUGCAGGAAUUGGGUCUCCAUGUUUCGGAACUGUAAGCAUCCUCUACCACUUGUCACUGGAAACAAAGUUUGUCUAAUUGAUCAAUAGAUCAUAUCGUUGUCACAGGGCAUAAAAAUCGCAACAUCAAGACGGCGCUCUUCGCGAGAAGCAAUUAUGCGUCUCCGAGUGCUGCGAGAGAAAUGCUUCUAGAUAUCUUUCGCGCAGCGGGAGCAGAAAGCAGCACAGGUAGUGUUGUGCUCGUUGGUCAGUCUCUGACGAGUGACCUGUCCAUGAUCCAAGACAGUCUCUCUCUAAGUCUCAGGAAUAGCGCCAUUACAGGCGUGACAGUCGCAAGGCUCUUCGAUACCUUGGCAAUUGGAAAACAUGCGAAGAAAGCAGGCGCUCGUCUUCCCGCACUCAACUUGAGCGCCAUGUAAGUGAAUUGGAGACGAAGGAUGCAGUGCUUAGUUGGAAUUACUGCUAAUCGUCUGGCUUUCGUCAUCAGGGUCAGAGCUUUAGGCAUCGAGGAGAAGUACUGGAAUGGAGGCGGGAUCGUCGGAUGGCACAAUGCUUCGAAUGAUGCAGCUUACACAAUGGCAGCGCUGCUACUCUUCGCCGUCCGGUGGGAAGACAUCAUUGACACUGGCAUAGAAUUCGACAGGCAGUUCGGCCCUGUGCCCGUAAGCAUCAAGAAACCAGAAAUAAAACAGCUCCGCCAAAGGCUACCGCUUGUGGCGAAAAGGCCAAUGGGCAACCUCUUGCCAUUGCAGUGGCUGAUGUACUUGGUCAACAAGUUUCUAGGGGCCAGGAAGCUGUUUCAUCGUCGGUGGUUUGGCUAGGAUUGAUUUCUGGCUGGAUAGAUGAUUGCAGCUGCACCAUUCAUGUUCCGGGUGAAUGCAUCGUUAUUUCGGCACAGCUUCUGUCUUGCACCAGGACAUGCAUGAGCUAAAGCCAUUACUGUGAUCUUGGAGGCUUACUCAUUCACCAUCGGAACAACAGGUGCUUAUGCUAAGGGUUGUGCGGACAAUGGCACGUCGCGAAUGCGGGCGAUGUCAUGCUCGGCCGGCUCAUUGGCCAGAUGUUCACCCCAGCACGUCGACGAGCCCUCGGAAGCCAACAUAGCCAACAUAGCCAGCUCCCUUGCGGCUUCAAACCCCAAGUUGGCCAGCUAGGGACCAGAGUCUGCUUGGGGCGACGCCAUACUUCUCUUUCAGAAAGGCGACCCCAAUCUUACCAAUCUCGAAACUUUUGUCAGGACUCAUGGCUGCGAAUGGCAUGACAAGGUCUUCAACUAUCGAAUGCAUCCCGAGAAUAUACGCGCACAUCGUGCCUCCAACGUACAUUACGCCGGCGUUGCGAAUAAUCACACCCUCGACUCUGGUGAGACGGGUUUGACAGAGACCAUCAAGGCCGUGCAACAGGCUGGAAUCGCAUUUGCUGGGCCGGGAAAAGACGAGGUAGAAGCCACUAGACCGGCCAUCCGAUCUCUUCCAUCUUCCGACAGCUCUCAACCUCCCUACAAGGUCUGCAUCUGGGCCGCAUCCUUCCCUCCGCGAGACUGA